CUUGCACAUGCGCAGACUGAUGGUGUAUUCUGUCAAUCGUCGUGUAAAAGGCUGGGGAGCAGUCUUGGUUUUAAGUUUGCGUUAAUUCCUUCAUUGUUACGUUUGUACCUAUUCGUUUAGGUGUGACAAACUCAACUUUAUUCAUUCUUCGUGUCAGAAUGAACUCAACUCAGACUUGAAGCGUCUUAGGCGAACUUAACCUGCUACUUAGCUUAGCUUGUUGGCUGCUAACAAAACACACCCGGAAGUUAUCAACACUUCGCUAAGCAAAAUGCUGAGAGUGUUGGUUAAUUAGCGACUAAAUGCGGCUGUGGGAGAAGUAUUUGUAGUGUUAUAAAGAAAUAUAGCAGAGUACGACGAGGAAUUUUAUCCAACAAAAGAGGAGAACUAGCGACAACGUCAACUACUGGACGCUGUUUUCUAGAAGCAUCAAGUUGUGUUGCACAGAACAGACGUCUGUGAAGAACAUUUUCUCCCUGAGCAGCAGAAGUGGACCUCCAGAAUGGAGCAGGAAAAACCACAGCCCCUCAAUAUUACUCAAGAAGAGGAGGAGCCAAACCCCACCCGCAUUAAAGAGGAAGAUGAGGAGCUACAGCCCACCCUCUUUAAAGAGGAAGAGGAGGAACACAGCAUCAGUCAUAAUGGAGAUCAUCUUGAAGGACUGGAGGAGGUUGAUGUCCCCAAGAUUCCAUUGAGUGUUGUCAUUGUGAAGAGUGAAGAUGAUGAGGUCAAAAGUGAAAGUGAGGAGAAGAGAGAGGUGGAGCCUCCAAGCAGCAGCUCAACUCAACACAUGACAACAGAAGCUGAUGGAGACCACUGUGGAGGAUCACAAGCAGACAAUCUCUUAGCUCCACUAUCAGAUAGUGAUGACAUGACGUCACACUCUCAUCACACUGAUGAUGAAGACUCUGAAGCUGACACAUGUCACACUGACAACACACACUUUAAAUGUUCUUAUUGUGGCAAAACUUUUAGUUACCGUCGUAAUAUGAAAACACACAUGAAAACACACACUGGUGAAAAACCCUUUUCCUGUUCAAGCUGUGGUAAAGGUUUUGGACGAAAUUGGGUUUUGAAAAAACACAUGAGAAUACACACUGGUGAAAAACCUUUUAUCUGUUCAAUCUGUGCUAAAGGUUUCACACAAAGUAGUGAUUUGAAAGUACACAUGAGAACACACACAGGCGAAAAACCUUUUGUCUGUUCAAUAUGUAGUAAAGGUUUUACAGAACAUACACAGUUGAAAAGACACACGACAACACACACUGGCGAAAAACCUUUUAUCUGUUCAAUCUGCGGUAAAGGUUUCACUCAAAAUAAUGAUAUGAAAGCACACAUGAGAACACACACUGGUGAAAAACCUUUUGUCUGUUCAAUCUGUAGUAAAGGUUAUACAAAAAGUACACCAUUGAACAGACACAUGAGAACACACAGUGGUGAAAAACCUUUUGUCUGUUCAAUCUGUGGUAAAGGUUUUCCAGGAAAUUGGGUUUUGAAAAUACACAUGAGAACACACACUGGAGAAAAACAUUUUAUCUGUUCAAUCUGUGGUAAAGGUUUCACACAAAAUUGUGAUUUGAAAGUACACAUGACAAUACACACAGGUAAAAAACCCUUUUCAUGUUCAAUCUGUGCUAAAGGUUUUUUACGAAAAGAUCGGUUGAAAAUACACAUGAAAAUACACACCAGUGAAUAGGGAUGGGAAUCGAAAACCUGUUCUUGUUUAGAACCGGUUCCCAGUGUAUCAAUUCCGUGGAAUCGCUUACCAUCGAUGCUUCAGGGUGAGGAUGACAGAUCUCAAGAUGGCGUUGCCUGGUUGGAACGAACACUAACAUUUUACAAGAAAAGAUUGUAAUAAUUUCUUGUAAUAAUUAUAAGGCUUUUAUUUCAUCAAGACGUGGACAUCUGAGCAAUAUGUUGAAACAUUUGAACACACAGAAUACAAUAAUUUUGAAGGAAAGCUGCGUUUUUGAACCGCUACUACCUAAUCCCAGGCAGCAGUAACGCUAGCAGCUCAUCUGAAUACAACAGGUAUGAACUAAAACCUCCUAUCAUGCCCGCGCUAUUAUUUGUUAAAUUGAAAUGAAUGCCGUCUCAUUUCGAUGAGCAUGACAAGAGACAUAUUCUGACUGGCUCCAAGGCGGACAGAACUCUCCCCAGUUCACGUCUGCCACUAGAUGAAUGUCAAUAGGCAGCGACUAAGUUUGUGGUCUAUUUGCUAGUGUCGACGCUCCUAAUUUUUAAUUGUAGUCAGAAAUGAGUUGCAUGUUUUCCUCCCACCAUCGUUACAUUAUACAGGUGAAACCCAAAAAACUAGAAUAUGGUGUAAAAGUCCAUUCAUGUCAGCAAUUAACUUCAAAUGUGAAAGUAAUCUGAACUUCAAAUGUGAAAGUAAUCUGCACUAUUAACUCAUUACAUGCAAAGUGAGGUAUGUCAAGCCUUUGUUAUCCUUUUGAUGAUCUUAGCUUACACCUUUUGAAACAUUACAUAUUUUCAAUUCAAUGUUUUCAUUAACUGAAAGCCAUAAUCAUCAAAACUAUACCCAAUUAAGGCUCCACAUAUCUCACUUUGCAUGUAAUAAGUUAAUAUCACAUGUUACUAAAUGUUACAUUCUUGUGUAAUUUUCACAUGAUUUAUUUUGUUAAAUACUACAGACGAAUAGUUAUUACAUGUAUUUUUUUUUUUGGUACCUUUUUUUCCUUCUAUGCUAUGUAUGUGACAUCA